GGGUCAUGAGGGAUGGGAUGUGAUUGAGAAGGUGUGCUACAAAUAUUCAGAGGUUGGAUGAUUAUUCUUGAGGUUGAUCUCUUUGCCCUCGCCCGGGAGGGUGACACCUGUUGGGAAAUGGCCGAGCUUGGGGAGAACAACCCAGGGGCAGCCACGGAUCACCGAGAAUUAGUUAAAGCCAACCCAAGCAAUCGGAAGAAAUGAGGCUUCAUCAGCUCAAGGCUAGCAAUCCAACCAGAGCCAUCAGGCCGAGCUUAAUAGCAGCAACAAGGAGGUCGAAUCUGAAGAGAAACUACAACACACCACCACCACCACCACCUUCGACCGAGACUACUCACGAGGAAAGAGAUCACCGAGCACUCGAUCGGCUCGUCAAGGACUUAUCAACCCAUCUACCGCACUUCAGAUCUCCUCAAAACGCAAUCAAAGUCCUCAAAGAACCUUCGCAGUUCUAUCUCGAACUAUUGAAUCUGAUCGGUAGAGCCAAAAAGAGAAUAUUUAUCGCUAGUUUAUACGUUGGUAAAGAAGAAAGAAAUUUGAUUGAAGCCCUACGAGAAGCAUUAGAAACGAACAAGGAGAUCAAGCUAACGAUCCUAGUCGAUUACUUACGAUCGACGCGAGAGCAUGGUCGGACGAGAGAGUGUUCGGCGAGUCUGUUGAGGACACUGAAGAUCCGCUUUCCAGACCAAGUCGAAAUCCGCUUAUUCCACACUUCCGAGCUGUUCGGAAUCCUCAAACGAUUCGUCCCCCGAAGAUUCGAUGAGGCAUUCGGGUUGCAACAUAUGAAGAUCUAUGGGGCUGAUCAGGAUGUUAUUAUGAGUGGGGCCAAUCUGAGUUCAGAUUAUUUCACCAACCGACAGGACCGAUAUAUCAAGUUAACAGGCCAAGAGCAUCUGAGCGAGUAUCUAUAUGAAUUGAUCGAGCUGACCAGCCGGAUCUCGUACCGAAUGGAGGAGGAAGUUCGGAGUUCGGAAGAGGACUGUGUGGAAGGGUUGAAGAUUGCGUGGCCGUCGACGAACGUCUGUCAGCCGCCGAUCGGCUCCCGACGGGCCUCCCAGCAGUUCAAGACGACCGCCCAUGAGCUCUACACGGGCUUUACGGACCGAUGGCGACACAAGUUAGGACGGCUUGACCAAACUGACAAGCAGUCCGAUCAGCUGGUACCCCAGGCCUCCAUCUUCCCUACCCUCCAAAUCAGCCCUUUUAAGAUCAAUCACGAAACUGCGUUGGUGAUCCCUAAACUUAUCAACCUUGUCCACCAGCUCUCCUCUCCUCCUCCUCUCCAUCUCCAAGCCCUCCAUCCCCUUACCCCCGUCCAUGAGAAAACUGUCUUGAAUUGGACUAGUGGCUAUUUCAGUCUGCUUAGAGAAUACAAAACUCACAUGUUAUCGUCUAACGCUCAUGUAGAGAUCAUCACCGCAUCACCACAAGCAAAUGGAUUUUAUCGGUCCAAUGGGGUUUCCAAAUAUAUACCUCCAGCUUAUAGUUAUUUAGAAAACUUAUUUCGCAAUGAGAUUCGGAAAUCUAAGAAGGAAGAUCAAAUAAUAAUUCGACGAUGGAAUCGAAUCGGAUGGACUUAUCAUGCCAAAGGGCUUUGGAUCAACCGGAUUGUCAGAAGAGGAAGAAGCAGUGAAGAGGAAGGAGAAGAAGAGCGAUGUAUAGUGACGAGCAUUGGUUCAUCGAACUAUGGCCGUCGGUCUGCGGAGAGGGACCUAGAAUGCAACCUCUUCAUCGUCCUCGACAACCACCUUCAUCCUUCUGAGCAGCCCAAAGAUGAUGAUAAUCGUCAGUUGGACGGUAGAUCGCUUUCCAAUCAACUCGUCGACGAACUGGGUCAUCUCAAACGCCAUGUCCAACCUGACGAUCAGAAGGAGGCUCAUGUCGGCAUCUUCGUCAAGUUUUUCACUCGGUUGAUUCGGAACAUGUUGUGAUCUCUUCCCCUUCCUUUGUCCAUACAUUCAUGUUGGCCUUGUUCUCAGAUGCAUGUUUUUUUUUUUCUGGAUCAUCAGUCGUUCAUUUCCUGAGGGUUAGUCGAGGCAACAAUUGAUUGAUAUUCAUUCCAUUG